CUCGAUCGCAGCCAAAAAAAGAGGACGAAGAAAAAAAAGAAGCCAGUGGUCUUCUACAAACGUAAUGGCGAUACAUGAUUUGGACGACAGACCCGCUGCUGCACAAAACAAUGCGGCAAUAGAAAGCGAUAUGGAGAUUUCAGAUAAUAGCGAUGCCGAAUUGGAACAACAAGUCUCGCUUCUUGCGCAGCAGUCUUCUGCGUCUGCACCACCGCCACCAAAACCUUCAGCACCCACACCCACACAAGUACCCACACAAGCACAAGCACAAGCACCAAGUUCGUUCAAUAUAGUAAAAGACGAGAUACCAGUGGACGACUGGGUAAUGGGCAGAAAGCCUUUAUUUUCAAGACCGCCGAAAUCGCUCAUCAUCAACGUGGCCAACGAUAACCCGGCCGAUAACAAGAUUAUUGAAGACAUUUACGGACCGUUUCCGGAAGUAUCUUUCCCCACUUACCAAAGCGGAGCCAUGAAAGACACCGAAGAAAUGGCUCGAGCUCUUUUGGAAUUGAAACAACGGAUUGCGCGAGCGGAAGAACUACGACGACAAUCGGCUUCACCUGUCACACCAGUAGCUACCCUCGCGACUACCCCACCUGCCAAAUCGACGCCCGUCGAAUCAUCCUCCUUGGCUUCUCCAGCACUAAAAAAGCCAAUCACCGCAGAUUCAUCCUCGUCUAAACCCAUCGUGAAACCAAUCACGCCACCCAAUACCUCUAGCAACCUCGUUGUUCAGACCUCUCCAGACACAUCAGCACCAACAGCGAAAAUAUCUCUUCCUACGAAACCUGCUCGCCCACAAGAACCACUGAAAGAAGUGACGAAAGAACUGCCCAAACAACCGGAGAAGAUGAUUGUCGAUCCAGUUACCGAACCUGUCAAGGCUUCAUCCACCGAUGUCCCAAUGAAAGAAAGAAUGAACGAACCAGUCAAGACAGCCAUCGAUGUUCCUGUGAAAGAGAGUGUAAAUGAACCGGUCAAGACGUCUAUCGACGUUCCCAUGAAAGAAGCCAUUGUCGAAGCUGUGAAAGAGCCGAUCAAAGAAAGCACGAAACAAGUCACUGAAUUGGGUACCCAAUCAUUGCCGACCAAACCCAUCACUCCAUCGGCCAAGUCCGUUAAUUUAUCAACCAAACCGUCGACAACCGAGCCCUCAACUUCAACACGAAGACCCUCCAUCAAGGAAGCAACACUCAACGCAUUGCAAAACUUGAUCGAGAUCAAUGAGUCUAAGCUGAAGGCUUCAUCAUUGAUAUCGGCGUCUCGAGCGCCAGUACCGUUUACGUCUUUUUCGGCUUCGGCCUUAAUAGCACCGCCACCACGAGAGCCAGAAUCUCUGGCAAAGGUACCGACGUCGCCUUUGGUGAAACCAUCGGUAUCAGCCCCGUUAUCAGAGCUGCCUCCCGCCGAGCCGCAUGUUCAAAAUACGGACGAUAUGAAUGUGGAAGAAUCGGAUGAUUCGAAUGAGUAUUAUGGCACGCCACCUUCGUCGCCCAUUAGAGAGGAACCGACUGAGGAAGAAAUUGUCGCCGACAUCAAACGAAUGAUUGCCAGUAUUGACCAGCAAAAGAAAGCCAUUGAAGAAGCUGAGGAACGCAAGAAGGAGAUCAACUUGAAGAUUCUCAAAGCUGAAGUGCUUCUUUCCAUUGAACGCAAUCGGCAAAAAAGUCGGGCAAUGGAAGACCCGGUGGUCGGCAAGAAACGCCCAUUGGAUCCCGAGACGAGCCUUGAACAACAGAUCAAGAGAUUGAAAGAGGACGAUGAACUGAGCGAUAUGGAUAUUGCCGAUGACGUUUCAGUGGGUAGCUCAUCGUCUCCCUCUGCGCCCAAUUAUGGUGUCCCUGCUUCAUCUUCUGCUCCAACUUCCACUGCGACAACCACCUCUGCACCGCCGCGAUCGGCCCCUAUUUCAUCUUCCAGCAUACCAGCAUCGUCAAUCGCUCGUCCUCACGUAUCUGCCUCAAUUCCCCCUAUUCCCUUCAACCAGGCUUUAUCUUCCCAUUCAUCCGCAUCGCCUCAUACAAUCCCUCUUCCAUCCAUUCCGUCAUCGAACUUGCCGCCUAUGCAUCAUGGUCGAGGAACAAUUCCUACGGCUGGUAAUUCAUCGUUUCCCUCUGGCUUGUCCCAUUCGUCUACGAGUUCAUCAACCUAUCCCGUUCCGCAAAUGCCUCUUGCAACGCUCUCCAUGCCACCUCCCGUUCAGCCGACCGUAUCGAAACCGACGGUCUCGCAACCGACGGCCGUAAAAUCGACCGUAAAAUCGACUGCUAGCGCAAAGCCAAGCGCAGCGGAGAGUAUAACUGGCAAGCGCCAAUCGCCGAUGGUAAAACCCAAGUCAGCCAGAGUGGUUCCUCUUGCGGAUGGUUUGCAGCUCACAACGUACAUGACCGAACUGGAAGCACUGGUCAAGUUCCGUCUUUCGGAACAGAAACCGACCACCGACAAUCAAAACGUCGUUCGACCGCCGCCACGUCCUGCGCGCCUUGUCAUUGUGGACGGAUUUACAUUGACGAUGGAUUCCGUGCUGCUGAAUCGAGAUCACGGAAAACCAAAGGAAAUGCCAAACACUCCUGGAGCGGGUUCAACUGACCCCACGUCCGCCAUAACAUCGACUGACGAUGAGGUAAACAACGAAAUCAAUGAGAGUGGUUCAUGUGAUAUGAUUAGCUGUUACUCACUCGGAGCCAUGGGAAUAGAAACCGUUAUCUGAUUCGGCCAUGACAAAUGAGAGUGUGCUUUUGUAUCUAUUGCAACGGGAUAAACCGCUAUUGCCGAUUCGGUCUCUUGAAGUACGUAGUGCGGUUUCGCGGAUUCUCGAUGCUCUGCCUCCUCGAGCCGUACAGAUCAUUUCUCAACGAGAAUUAUGGUCCACCGUC